UCCCCGCCCCGCUCUGAUCACAUACAAAUGUCAUCGUAGCUCUUGCCUGGGACAGAAGGAUCAGAGGACUGUGCAGAGCUGUACAGAAGAUGUCACCUGGACAGGGAGACUGUGCCUGAGAGAGACAUUUCAGGGAAUGCCUAUGGAAGAGCAAAUAGCCAGACGUGGCUGAUCAGUCCAGUGCAAUACAACAGAUCACAGAACAAGUGAAGUUUUCCAUUUACAGCAAGAGAGAUGGAGCAGGAAAAAAAAGUGCCUCUGGAGAAGGGCUUGCAGAAACUAUCUUUAUUGCCCCGUGAGACAGAAAAGGACACACAGAAGUUUGAUGGAGACUGCAAAAGGCGACAAAAAAUUCAGAAAGACAGGGAGAACAGAGAGUCCACAGGGAAGGACAGUCCAGUGGAGCUACUUCCAGAGGAAGAACGGCAGAAGAAGUUAGUGAGGCAGUCAGACAGAUCUAUCUCUAGCACAUCCACUUGUUCCUCCAUAGCCUACUCUUCACCAGAAAGUGACCAGGUCUUCAGUGAAGAAGAGGAGGUGCAGACAAAGCGUAAAACCUUGCGAAAGACCAAAUCAUGGAAGACUUUCUUCACAAUGGUGCACUGGUCCCUCCGAAGGCAGAAUUCCUGGGUGCAGCUGGCUGGCCAUGAAGGUAACUUUAAGGCCAGUGAGCGAGGCCACAUCCUGAAGAAAUACAGCCCUGUAGAAAACGCUUGCCUGGAGGCCCUUAUGGAAGAUGUACUCCGGCCGUAUGUUCCUACCUACUAUGGCCUGGUGGAGAGGGAUGAGCAGACCUAUAUAAAGAUGGAAGACCUUCUCAUGGGCCUGGAAGGACCUAGCAUUAUGGAUUGCAAGAUUGGCAUUCGGACAUACUUAGAAGAGGAGCUUGCCAAGGCCCUUCAGAAGCCCACACCACGAAAAGACAUGUAUAACAAAAUGAUAGCACUGGAUCCCCAAGCUCCUACACCAGAGGAACAUAUGCAGAAAGCGGUUACUAAGCCACGGUACAUGCAGUGGCGGGAGAGCCUCAGCUCUACAGAAUUGCUGGGAUUCCGUAUUGAGGGAGUCACGGUUGAAGCUGGACCUGUGAAGAAAAAUUUUAAGAAAAUGAAAAGUCGAGAAAAUAUCAUGGAAACGUUUGUCAUUUUUACGAAGAGCCGGAAGGACAUCCUGGCUGCUUACCUGGAGCGCUUGGAGAACAUGCAGGCCGCACUUAAAGACUCUGUCUUUUUCCGCAAACACGAGGUGAUUGGCAGUUCGCUCCUGUUUGUUCAUGAUCGUCGAGGCUUCUCUAAUGUCUGGAUGAUUGAUUUUGGCAAAACAUCUCCAGCACCAUCGCACAUAACCCUUCGCCAUGACGUGCCCUGGGAACCUGGAACCCAUGAAGAUGGCUACUUGAUGGGGCUGAAAAACCUAAUUGACACUAUACGAGACAUCAUGUGCAUGUUAGAUGAGAGAAGAGAAGAGGCUGGAGACAGCUCUGUACUGGAAGAUGAGAACAUGGCAAAGGAGAAGACUUUACCAAAAAAGGAAUCAGAAGGGAAUGCUACAAAUGGGGAAAAGAAUGAUCUCUAAGCGCUGAGGUAUCAGCAAUGCCACAAAAACUGCAGAGAAACAGAGACCUAUGAACUCAUAGGAGAGAGUCUGUGGUUUCUUCACAAUACUAAACCAUAGAAAUGUGGACUGCACCAGGUCAACAAAUCACUGUCGGGUGGACUUGGGUUUCAGCAAUUUACCCAUGCGAGGGACAAAGUUCCCUCAGUAUUACACAUGCUGGAAGUGUGAGGAGUGGGACAAUCCAUAGUGAUAAAAGGUCUUCUAUGAAGAUACGAGGCCAUUGGAAUAACAAGCACAACACAAACACUGACCUGCAGGGUUCUUCUUUGUCUGUUACUCUGCAUUCUGAUGGGAUGAAAUGUCAUAUCACACGACUACAUCAUGAGGCUGGCUGAUGGACUCAGAUCAAUAUCACCUGCAGCGGGUGGUGCAGGCUAUCCUGCUAAGUAUGUAAUGUCCACUUUCAUCCCAUCAUAAAGCCAGACACUAUUCUUCAUUUGAGAGUCAAAGGUAAUUUGUAAAACCAGCAAAUACUCUUAUUACUGUGCAGAGGGAGGGAGAGACUUGUAUUUUGACUAUGAACAAUAUCACAGUGUGAGAAAACAGCAUUUUGUUUCACUCUGUUUCCAUUUUCCACUUUUCAAAUAAAAUAAAAAUGUAUCCACUGA